AUGGAAUUAUCAGUAGAGGACACUAGCAGUCGGCACAGACACAGCACUGACUUCUUGACAGGAUCUCUUGAUAGAGGCUUGGGCAUCUUCAGCACUGAGUUCUUAAGUACUGGGCCGUCUCAGCACCGACCUCUUAACAGACGCUUGGACUACCUCGGUCCUGAUAUCAUGGUAGAUCUGCUGGAAAUCGCGACCUACCGCGAAGGCUGCCUCGGUCUGGCAGUAAAUGACUUUAUGCCGUACUUGAUUUACAACCAGACAUCUAGACAGUUCGAGGGGUUCAUGUUAGACGUGCUGGACAUUAUUUUUGGACGUUUGGGGUACUGGCAAUAUGGUAAUAUCUCUGUCACUGCCCUUUCGGCCGCCGUGCCUGCCUCCUUCAGCUACUACUUCGUGCCCGAGACCGACGCAGGAGCUGGCCAGAGGGACGAGAACGGCACCUGGGACGGGGUCAUAGGCCUCGUGCACCAGGGGAUCGCUAACAUGUCCGCGACAGGUUUAUCUCUGUCUCCCGAACGCCUUGAGGAUAUGGAUGUCACAGAAUACCUCUAUUUGGAUGAGAUGUCGGCAGCAUACAAGCGCCCGGUGCUGCAGUCCGACAUAGCGGGGUUCCUCAAGCCGUAUUCACUCCUGAUGUGGAUGCUCGUUCUUGUGGCCACAGCAGGUGUUUUUGUGGCUAUCUGUUUGGUGCACCUGGCUUUCAACAGGGUGACGCAAAACCAUUCCAGCGAAGACAGAAGUUUCCUCCAAGCCUCGGAAUUAGUACAGGAGUCUGCUGCAUGGACUCUGUCUGCUCUCCUUGCCCAGUCGGUGGCCAGUCCCCUCCGCGGCGGCGACUCUGUCCGUCUCGUGACCGGCGUGUGGCUCCUCGCGUCCCUUAUCGUGGCCACCGUGUACCGCUCCAACCUGAAGGCGAUGCUGAUCUUGCCGAAGCUGGAACUCCCCUUCAACAGCCUGGAGGAGCUGGUCGAGACGGACCUGCCUGUGUGGGUCCGCAUGGGGUCGACCGCGCAUGAGGCCAUCUUGAACGCCGACGCAAACACCACCUUGGGCAAACUCCGGAAGCAGAUGUAUCACGGCCACCGCUACGAAGCUGUGACUCGACUCGACUCCGGAGACCACGUGUUGGCUGUACCUCGGUCGUCUCUUCAGCAGAUGCUUCAUAUGUCGUUUUCCAGGACCGGCAAGUGUAUCACCUACAUCAUGUCCGGAGGCUUCAUGCAGACGACCACCUUGAGUUUCGUCAUCCGGAAGGGGUCUCCGCUCAAGGCACAGAUGGAUCCUAUCAUCCGACGCCUGCGCGAAUCCGGCCUCCUGGACUACGCUUACCACCGCGCCAUUGCCAAUAGUACGGAGUGUCUGAAGGAAAUACGAGUAAAUCCUUCAGAUAACAGCAGGGUGCUUGUCUUGGGCGAUUUCUAUGGUAUAUUCCUCGUGUACGCAGCAGGAAUAGCCAUCGCAUCCCUGACCUUCCUGGCUGAGGUUCUCGCCCACCUCUUCAAGUGGGCCGAUCCUGCUCCCUAG